CAAAACCAAUAGUUGGAAUUGGGACUGAGAUUUUGGCUAGUUUAUCGUAUUUACCGAAUGGUUGGAAGAAUAUUAAUAUAUUUGCAAAAAGACAGAACUCAACAUGGAGAAUACUGCGCUUAGACGCGCAAAUCGCAAUUUUAAUAACAUGAGGUAUGAGGAAAUUCUAUGGGAGGCCCAGCGCGAAAAUUAUAUAAAUUUGGAAAUAGUUCGACAUUACCGCAGAGCUGCAGCCCUGCCCCGUUUUCCCGUCUUCGAUAUUGCUAUCGAUGCGGCCAUAGCCCGUCACGGACUAUAUACAAGGAAUGGUAACAGCAACGGCAACGGGAACCCCAAUACAGAGGCAUCAGAAUCCAAUGCUGAGCAGGACAUGGAUAUGUGUUCACCACCUGUGCGACGCCAACGUUUGCAGCUGCCAUCACCACUACCACCCGCACCACCACCACCCCCAAUACAACUACAACAGCUGGAGUUGGAACGUACUGCCGGCAGUGCUGGACCUGAGAACGGGCAUUAUGUAGCGCUGGCGCACAUGCACAUCUAUUCAGCAAAUAUGCAAUUGAAUGAUUCCAGUAGAACUGCCACAAACAGCAUUAAUAGUUUAACUAAUAACAAUAAUAUAAACAACAUCGAGCAGGACUCGGAGGGAUUGAACGAAGUGGCUAUGAAGGAGACAAUCGAAAGUCUUGGACUGCGCCGCAACUGAUGGAGAUAAUCAGUAAUUUAAGUAGCUGUAGAGUAUUAGUAGUCUGUGUGUUUAACUCCCCAAUAAACUGUUCAAAGCCUA